AAAAUUAAUCAAACACUUGUCCACAGUGAUCCAACCCGCAACAAAUGACCUAAAACGGUACGUUUUGGUGAUCUGUAGCUCCCCGCUGUGGUGUUCAGCAAUGGUGAGAAUCCAGGUAAAGCAUGGAGAUCGGGAAUUUCUCUACGAGUGUCAAAACACUUGUCAAAUUGACGAAAUUGCUCCUGAACUCAUUCAAAUUUCCAAUCUCCAAUACAAAAUAGAUCACUUACUGUUAAGACUCGAGCCUCUUUUAUCACCUUUCCUUAAAAACCCUAAAGUUAUUCCUCUUAUAAGAGCCUUAUCAGAAGCCCAAUCAUAUGCAUCUAAGGACCAGGUUCUGUAUAAUAAAGCCAUAUCAUUUUAUGUAAUGAGAGAUUAUGUACAAGCAAUAGAGAGACAAGUCAUGCAAAAUUAUCAGUUAUUAGGUUUUGAGGACGCUAAUCAAGUUCAACAACUUUUAGCAGAUGUGGAAGUGCUUCAGGCACAAUCAACCGAGCUUCAUUGGGCAGGGAAAGAACUCGUGAGGGAUAAACGAUUAUGUGAUUAUAUUGGAAUGAAUGAAAAAACUAAGUUUGUUCUUAGGCUGCAGCCACAUAACCCAAAUCCUGCUUAAUUUCCAGGGAUGAUUCAAAUGACUCAAAAAGGCCGUGAUGAGUCAAUAGAUAAAGGUAAACAAGCUACUGAGAGGUGAUGCAUUUAAAUAAAUUAAAAUAUAAGUUCUUCUGCACAUGUUUCGCUCGUGUUUUCUGCUGUGAGUGAGAACGAGAAAAAACUUGAAGCAUUGAGCACAACUAGCAUCCUUCUUUUAUGAGGCUUAUAGGCGUGAAGAAUGCCAGACAAGUGAAGCUGCUAACCUAAGAUUUUACCAGAUUGUAUGCUUAUGAAUGCUAGAGCAGGUGUGAACAUUGUACCAAUAAUUGAGAUAAUGUAUUAGAAAAGAUUCAACAUUGAAGUCAAGUGUUCAUUAAAAAGUUAAAAAUGGAGUAGUUUCUUCUCCUUUCUUA